CCUCGUAGAAAAAAUCACAGAUGAAGGAAGCGGCUAACGAUGGCUUACUCAAAGGCUGUCUUAGUGCUGGAAAACUUUAUAGGUGGCAAAUUUGUUCCUUGUUCCUCCUACAUAGACUCCUAUAAUCCGUCCACCGGAGAUGUCUAUUGCAGGGUGCCAGACAGUGGCAAAGAAGAGGUGGAAGCUGCUGUCAAAGCUGCCAAAGAUGCCUUCCCAAUUUGGUCCUCAAAAAGUCCAUUGGAAAGAUCUCAGAUCCUGAACAAAUUGGCAGACCUGAUUGAACAUGACCUGGAAGUAUUUGCACAAGCAGAGUCAAAGGAUCAGGGAAAAACUAUUACGUUUGCUAGAACAGUGGACAUCCCUCGGGCCGUGUACAACUUCCGAUUCUUUGCCUCUUCCAUCCUUCAUCACACAACAGAGUGCACCGAGAUGGCAACCAUGGGCUGCGUGCAUUACACCUCGAGGGCACCCGUGGGAGUUGCUGGUUUAAUCAGUCCCUGGAAUUUGCCACUAUAUUUGUUGACCUGGAAAAUAGCUCCUGCCAUUGCGUGUGGAAAUACUGUGGUUGCCAAGCCAAGUGAGAUGACAUCUGUCACGGCUUGGAUGAUGUGCAAACUCUUGGAGAAAGCAGGAGUACCCCACGGGGUGGUGAACGUGGUGUUUGGAACGGGCGCCAAGGCAGGAGAAGCCCUCGUCUGCCAUCCCGACGUGCCUCUGAUCUCCUUCACGGGAAGCACGCUGACGGCCCAGCGGAUCACGGAGAAAAGUGCUCCGCACUGCAAACGGCUUUCGCUGGAACUGGGAGGCAAAAACCCCGCGAUCAUCUUUGACGAUGCCGACUUGACCCAAUGCAUCCCCACCACCCUGAGGUCCAGCUUUGCCAACCAGGGUGAGAUCUGUCUCUGCACCUCCAGGAUCUUUGUUCAGAGGGGCAUAUACAGUGAGUUUUUGAAGAGGUUUGUGGCAGAGGUAAAGAAGUGGAAGGUUGGGAACCCCUCAGAUCCUACAGUCGACAUGGGAGCGCUAAUAAGUAAAGAGCAUCUAGAAAAGGUAAGGAGCUAUGUGAAGAAAGCCCAAGCUGAAGGAGCCAGGGUCCUCUGCGGAGAGGGAGUGGAUUCCUUGGCUCUCCCAACUGGCAACCAGAAAGGCUAUUUCAUGUUGCCCACAGUUAUUGCUGAAGUCAAGGAUGAAUCUUGUUGCAUGCAAGAAGAGAUCUUUGGUCCUGUGACGUGUGUGGUAGCAUUUGAUACAGAAGAAGAAGUGAUUGAAAGAGCCAACAGUGUGAAAUACGGCUUGGCAGCCACUGUGUGGUCCAGCAGUGUGGGACGUGUUCAUCGGGUGGCACAAAGACUGCAGUCUGGAUUGGUGUGGACCAACUGCUGGCUUGUUAGAGAUCUGAAUUUGCCAUUUGGUGGGAUGAAAGCCUCAGGCAUAGGAAGGGAGGGAGCAAAGGAUUCCUACGAGUUCUUCACUGAGGUCAAAACCAUCACAAUAAAGCACUGACGUAUGACAAUAAAAGUAUUUUAGGGUAAAAUAAAUGACAGUAAUUUG